AAUGGGAAUAGUAUUGAUUCGGUUCAGGGGGGCUGUAGCUCUUGGAGGUUAACGGGCUAACCCUGCACGAUUUGAAAAACAAUUAUCCAUCUGAGAAGCGGGAGACUUUAACAACACACCUCUGCCCAAGAGGCGGCCACCUAUGGGGCCGGUGGAAAUUAACAACUCCUCCCAGUAACCGUUGGCCGCGGGUACUUCCUCUUGGGCGGAAGGCGGGGAUUUCUGACGGGCAGAGAGCGAGCCUUCGAUGCCACUUGACUCCGGAAGACAAGAGGCACGGCGGGUGCAGACAAGUGGAGGUGCUCUUGCCCCGGACGCCAUGGCGAGAGCGGGUGGACUCGCGGGGCUGCGGUGGUGUUUCGAGGCCAGAAGCGCUUCACGAUGGAUGGGCUGCAGAAGGGAUGCUUUCAGCCAAAUACACCUGAGUCCUCUUGCUCUUAGCAGCACCAUUCUCCUGCAUUCCCAGAGGCACUAUCGAGCCACUCUUUGCACAGAACUGACAAAACCAUUGAUUAUUGGGAACAUCCCAUCUGCCUCACUGCAACCAUAUGAGGUCCGAAUUCGUGUCCAUUGCUGUGGAGUAAAUUUUGCUGACAUACUGGCUUGCCAGGGCCUUUAUCAAGAAAAGCAUCCCCUUCCAUUCACCCCAGGAAUGGAGUUUUCAGGGGAUGUGAUGGAGGCUGGCAAGGCUGUCACUCGUGUGAAGAAGGGGGAUCGUGUCAUCGGUGUGGCCAACACCAAAGCCCUGGCAGAGGAGUAUAUUGCAGAUCAAAAGCUGCUCUGGACAAUUCCACAAGGAGUUUCCUAUGAAAGUGCUGCAGCACUACCUGUUUCCUAUGGGACAGCCAUUUUAGCCCUUGAACAUAGAGCUCAAACAAAGCCAGGGGAGACCGUUUUGGUGACAGCAGCAGCAGGUGCCACAGGACUUGCUGUUAUAGAUGUUGCGUCCCACAUUCUUAAGGCAAAGGUGAUAGCAGGAGCAGGUAGUGAAAAAAAAUGCAGCCUGGCUUUCCAGAAGGGGGCUAUCCAGAGUGUGAAUUACAGUGAGACUAGUCUGAGAGAAGAAGUGAAGAAACUGACAGAUGCCCAGGGUGUCAAUGUGGUCAUUGACACCAUUGGUGGGGACAUCUUCAAGGAGGCAUUGCACAGGUAAAUGAAGCCUUUGCACAUGUGACCCAGCGCAAAUCUACAGGCAAAGUUAUCAUCUCUAUCAGUUGAUGCUGUAUUUCUUUGGGA